UGGUUUGGCGCCACUCCAAAUUCCAAAAAUCAAAAUUUUACAAAUUCUUCAAUUUUCUCCCUCCAUUUCCACUAAUAAUAUCCUGAAUCAGCCAAAAGAAUACUCUCUCUCCCUUAUACUAUACUUUAGAUCUCAUACUUGAUACUUAGCAACCCUUCUCUCUCCUCCUCCUUUAAUCUCCCUCAAUUUUCGCGCGAAAUGGAUACUGAAGAUGAAAUCGAUCAACUGCUCUUGUCGCAGUCGGAUCAAAUUCCGAAGCCGAAGCGGUUGAAGAAGACUGAUUCGAUUGCAAACAAUAUCCCCACUUGUUCUGCUCCAUCCAAUGAAUUUGAUAAGUUGGAUAAAGGGGAUGAAUCGGAUGGUUUAGAUCCUUUAUUCGGGGACCCAAAUCAGUUUUCGGCGAAAAGGGUUUUGGAAUUUGAUGGGUUUGGGUCUGAGGAUGAUCCGGAUUUUGAGGAAAAUGAGAAGAAGAACGAGGCUACAAAGAAAAGGCAAAGUUCGGUGGAGAUUCAUGGUGCUAAAGAGAAGAAGAGAAGGGUCAAGAGUGAUGUAGUGAAGAACAAAUCGUUGAUUUCGCAUCGAAAGGAAAAGAAAGAGAGGAAAGCGCGUUCCAAUCAGCAAGCUGAUUUUCAAAGGGUGAUGAGAGAUAUGAAAGGGGUUGGUUUUAAGCCAGUACCCAUGGUUGAGAAAUCGAUUUCUUCGGUAUUGGAAAAGAUUAGGAAAAGGAAGAUGGAGGUGUCUAAAAAGUGGGCCUAUUUCACCCAAGAGGAUGAGGAUGAGGAUGAGGGUAAGGGUAACAAAGAUGGAGGCGUUGAGAAAUUUGAGGCGAAAGAAGUUGAAGGUGUUGAAAAAGAUGAGGAUAAGGAAAAUGGGGAUGUCGAAAACAAUUGGGCUAAGAAUGAUGAAGGUGUUGAGAAAGAUCAAGCCAAGGACGGUGAAGGUAUUGAAAAAGAUGAGGCCAUUGCCUCCCCAAUAAAAACAAGUGAAGAUAAAACCGAAGCAAGUGAUGAGCAAACUAGUGAUGCAAAUGCUUCGGUUGAUGAAAUACAAGAGUCAUUUCGUGCACCAAUAAAUGAUACAGAGGAGCUGUUAUUGGAUUCUGAAAGGAUUAAUUCGCAAGAUGAUGAGUUGAUUGAGUCUAGCUGUCCUGUAGCUCCAUCAAUGAAGUUAAAAUGGGAUUCUGCUGUUAAUGAUGACAUGUCUUCUAGUGAUGAAGAAAGUGACAAGGAGAAUACUGACCCCCAUCCAAAACACACAAGUUCCACAGCGACUGGUGAUCCAGUCAAACACUUUUUGGAUGAAGAAGCGUUAGAAGAUGAUAGUGAUGAUGGUCUUUUGCACUCUCAAGGUCAAGAUGAAGAAGAUAAUUCUGAUACGGAAGAUAAUUGUGAUUACAUUGCUACUGAUGUUAAAGAAAAGCCAAUUGAUGGUGAAAUGCGUAACCAACUGCACCAACAAUGGGAACAGCAACACGAUGAAUCUGUGACAAAAAGGCUGUUGCAGAAGCUAAAAUAUGGUACAAAGGAAAGGGAACCAUCCAUUUCUGAUGACGAGGAUGCUUAUAAAACAGAAGAUGAACAAGGCGUAUCUGAUAAAGAUGUACCUUACAUGUGCGCUUCUCGUGUAACUGCCAAAAAGCUAAAGCAAAUGAUUCCGCAAAUGUUUACAGAUAAAGAUGAUGUUUAUGUGUCAUCUGAUGAUGAAGAAACUGAAAAAUUGUUGUCUAAGCAAUGCUUGCUUCAGAAAGUGGAAAUGGAUAGGCAGCCUAAAUUUGUAGUGGACGAGACAUCUGGGGAAGUUUUUGGUCGUAUAAAGAAGCUCAAUGUCAUUCCUGAAACUAAGAAGAAAGCAAAACAACCAUCAAUAUUUGAUGCUCUUCUCCAUAAAGGGAGCAGCAGCAACUCAUCAAAGUCUUCUUUUCUGCGACGAGCAUCAAGCCAUCCUGUGCCAUCAAGCCAUAGGCAAGGAUCAAACACUGGAAAAUCAUUUAUAUUUGGACGAGAUGACAGCAAUAGCAGGAGCUCUAUGUCUUCGCUGGAAGAUUCCCUCAAUUUGGGUCAAAAAGACAGUCAGCAGAAGAAGAAUACUUGUGCCAAAUUUACUAGCUCUCAAACUAAGUGGACUACCCAACACACAGAGAUCACAAGUGAAACAGAUAAUACCACUUCAUUAUUUGAUAUACUCAGCUCCUCUUCUGUUGAAACAACUCAUGAUACUCGGGAUAACGCAGUUGAUCAACAAGCAGUGUUUGCUGCAUUUAAAUCAGUCAAGAAACAAGUAAAGAUUGAGAGAAGAUCUUAUCAAGGACCUUAGAGUUUUAGUUUUUGUAGGUCAUAUUCUAGUGUUUACAGUUUAGCUGGUCAAAAUGUUAAAUAUUCUACUAAAUUUAAUAAAUUUACGAAAUACCCUUGGGUUUCCAAAA